AAAUGUGAGAAGGGAGAUACUUAUUAAGUUAGUUUUUAAGUAAGUAAAUGUAUAUAGAUUCCUUGGAGUUUAGGGCGAAGCUAGCUAUGGCGCUCUUGUCGGGCUGUGCUCUAUGUGAAUUUGGAGGUGGAUGGAGCUGCCGCUACGAAUGCGGCGAUCAAGGAAGCUCAAACUGUGAAUGUGAAUCUGGGAGGCUCGAGCUCCAUGACCGCCGAUGCAAAGAAGAAACUCUUGUGAAUCAAACGAGGCCGUGGUGCUAGGCAAACAAGCUGCCGACUCAGUUUUGUUUCAAAAGCAUGCCAGAGAGUUUGAAGUUUGAGGCAACCACGGCUUUUCUUACCGCUGUUGCCAAAGGGGAUGACUCGGCCAGAGCGGAGAGAUUGAUGGACGAGCUAAACAGCUCGUUGUCCGUCGACGCCUGGAACGCGUUUCUACGCAUGUAUCUCAGCACGACAAGCUGCGGGACAGUUACUACAGGUUCAAGCAGAAAGGCCUGGCUGGUUCUCCAGUGCCGAGAAAGAGUCGGUGGUUUUGAGAAGAUUGAGAUGGAGUUUGACGUGGAGCUGAAAAGAACUAACUUCGAAGAGGCAGACACACGGCUACUCAACCUGAUAAUCCGUUUCCUAUGCGCUCUUGGGAAAGCGGAAGAUGGUGGACAGGAUGUGGACGCUGCUCAAGAGCGAACAAGUUGCUACUCCAGUCCUUUGGUUUAUUAGGUGCUGGAGGACGUGCUGCAAAAGUUCGAGCGGAUUCCUCAAAUUCCAUACAUCUGGACGAGAUGAUGGACCAGGCGGAAGCUCAUGGAGAAGCACAUCGGCAAUAAUUGCUUCCUUCUCUGCAACUUUCUACCGGAAGCUCUUUUGGUGGCUUUGCUCCAAGAGGGGCGACAUACACUCGGCCGAGAAACUACGGCUCCUGCGGUGACGUGAAGGUCUACAAACGUCUACGUUUCUAGAAAGAGGAUGCCAACCGACUUCCUUCACCGGAUGAAGAACCACAACAUUGAACCCAACGAAGAGACGUGGAGGCUCAGUACUGUCUGGAGAGUCGGAUAGCUCACUUGAAGUUUUCCAGGGAAGGAAAAGAAAUCAGGAACCGCGGCUUAACUCUAAGUACGUGCGAAGCAAUGUUUCCUUGUUCUAGAUUUGUCCACGCAUAUACUUGCAUGCAUGGAUAGUGGCUGCCACCUGUUCCUAGUUGAAGCUACAGGUGUCAACCAAGCCGAAGGUCUCCAACUGGUGAAAACUCGAGUGGACGAUCGAUCGAAAAUCUUCUCGGGUUUCUCCACGGCAACCAGGAAAGGGAAGAAAGCUCGCUAGCUCUUUGGUUUUCUCAAAGCUUCUCACUCGCUAUGAUGAACGCCGCCGCGCAGGCUCUAGAUGAGAAAGUUGGGAAGGUCCCGGUGGCUCAAGGCUCGACGAGGCCAGCAACAUCGGAGACGGAGGUGAUGCGAGCAAUUACAUGGCAGGGAAAGAAAACAAUUUCGUUGGACAAGGUACCGAAGCCGGUCAUCACGCAUCCGAAGGACGUGAUCGUCAAAGUCACUGCUUGCACCAUUUGCUCCGGCUCCGAUUCUCACGUCUACGCCGGAGAGGUUCCCGACACCUCCAAAGGCCAGAUCAUGGGACACGAAGGCUGCGGUGUGGUGUCCGAGGUGGGUGAAGCGGUGACCAAGUUCAAGGCCGGGGACCGAGUCGUCAUCGCCUUUGACAUCGCCUGUGGCGAGUGCGACUACUGCAAGCGCGGUGAGUUCACAGGCUGCGACACCACCAACGACUCGAAGCUCAGCGAGUUCGUCUACGGUCACAGGCACUCUGGCAUCUUCGGCUAUGGAAACUUGCUCGGUGGAGUUCCUGGCUCGCAGGCCGAGUUCGUCCGAGUCCCCUUCGCGGACGUGAACUGCUACAAGAUCCCGGACGAGGUCCCGGACGAGAAGGCGCUCUAUCUCUCCGACGUCCUGUGCACGUCCUACCACGCCGUGAUGCUGGCCGGGGGAGUGAAAGCUGGUGAAAGCGUGGCUAUCUGGGGGCUGGGACCGAUCGGGCUUUGCGCCGCGAGGUGGUGCCAGAUCAUGGGAGCUUCCAAGGUGGUCGGGAUAGAUUUCGUCAAGGAGAGGCUGGAGGUGGCGGAGAAGAAGCUGGGGAUCACAGUCAUCGAUCGAAACUCCGUCAAGGACGUUCCAAAGAGGAUCUUUGAGCUGGUUCCGGGAGGAGUGGACGCGAGCAUCGAGGCGGCGGGGUUCCGGUUCCCUGUGUCUAUCCUUCACAAGGUGGAGCGCACGGUGGGGUUGGAGACCGAUACCGCGGACAUUCUCAACGAGUUGCUUCUGGCGACGAGGAAGUGGGGGCGGGUGUCCGUGAUCGCGGACUACCUUGGCUACUGCAAUCACUUUGGGAUUGGCAUGCUGAUGAUGAAGCACUUGACGCUGCGAUCGGGCCAAUGCCCGUGCCAGCGCUACUUCGACACGGUGAUGGAUCACGUCAAGAGUGGAAAGUUUGAUCCGAGCUUCAUGGUCACUCACAGGAUCAAGCUGGAGGACGCGCCGGAAGCAUACAGCAAGCUCUUCAACAAAGAGGAUGGUUACAUCAAAGUCUUCAUAGAAAUGUGAGAGGGGAAUUGUUUUCUCUCUUUCUGUGAGUAAUCAGGUUAGUGUUAAUUAAAAAGUUCUUAAUUAGUUAAUCAUGUUAAAGUUAUGAGGUAUAUAUAUAUAUAUAAAGCAAACCCUUGGAUUAGGGUGAAGCUA